AUGUCGUCCGUAACGUUCUUCCUAGCAGGAAAAGUUCUCAUCACACUAACACCACAAAUCAUCCGUAAUCUAGCUGCAUCGCUGAUACCCUCUAACGAUCAUUUCUUCUGGUGGCCAAUCUAUCGCCUCUUCCAACAAAACUUCUAUCCACUGUCCUUCCUCUUCCUCUUCCUACUACGAUACAUCCGAGUUGUCACUAGUCUGUACGGCACAUAUAGAUACCGGCCUGUACCCAUACCUCUAUCGCCCACCUACCACACCACCGAUGUCACAGUCAUCAUCCCCACAACGGACCUCAUGUCCCCAACACUCCACCACGUCAUCCGCACGAUCCUCUCUCAAAUCAUCCCCAAACUCAUCAUCUCCACUGCAGGAAUAGAAGCCGCAGAACAAUCCAAUGCAUUCAGAGCCUUGUUCUCAGAAGAUGGCCAGCGCAUCAUCGUCUCUCAUCGCAUCAAAGCCUCGCGUCGCGAACAAACCGCCCAAGCCCUCAAACAAGUCUCGUCACGUCUCGUAAUACUGCAAGACGACCACACAUACUGGCCCGCAUCACGCGCAUUCGUCGCCUCCGUGCUCGCGCCCUUUGAAGAUGCGCACGUCGGUGCCGUGAGCGCAGAUUUAGAAGCCAGGCACCACGCGCACCCGGCGUGUUCUUUGCGCGGAUUCUGGAAUUUCAUGGGCAUGGCCUACCUGGUACGUCGCUCGUACGAGUACCGCGGUACCUACGGCAUCGACCGUGGUCUAUCCACUUUGCCCGGUCGCUUCGGCGUCUUCCGCACCGCCAUCUAUGCUUCUCCGCUGUUCCUCGAGGCCUAUCUCAACGAGCGCUUACCGUUCAUGCAAGAGCCGCUCAACGCAGACGACGACAAGUUCCACACGCGCUGGCUGGUUGAACAUGGUUGGGAUGUCGGACUGCAGGCUGGGCCGGAUAGUCUGAUGACGACGGAAUUGGAUGCGACUUUGAAGUCGGCGUCUAAUCUCUUCUUAGAAGCCAACGUAGGCGAUAAACUAGGGCAUGUUAUUCCCGUUCUGUUUGAGUUUUCUAUCGUAUACGGUGCCGCUAAUGUCCCUAGAGGCAAAUUUCAAAACAUCAACUCCAGCAAUUGCAUUCUGCGUACGACAGGCACUACAAUGGACGAUAAAGCCAAGGAAUUUCUGGCUAAUGUGGAAGGCGGAAUCGUGCCAGUGACAUGUCACGAUGAUGUCUUGCGGAUCGCAUACAUUGAUAUCGAUGAGGGGCUGUGGGACGGCCAGGGCGUAUUCGAUGUUGUGGAGAAGCUGCACGCGCAUGGCUGGUCUUUUGGUGAGGACGAGCUCCGCUUUAAUCGUACCUUAGAUAUAUUUUAUCUCGCCCAGAUCGCAGCAGCCUACUACCACUGGACCGACCAACUAAAUGGAGACGACCCUCUCACCUUCUCAGACUUCGACGCCUUCUACACUGCGCACCAUGCCCUCUUGAAUCCCACAGCCUGGCGCUCCUACUACUCCACCGCAUUCCUUACCCAACCCAACACAGCACGCUUCUACCGCAUGCCCGACCUCCAGGAUCUUCCGGACUCGUCCUCCCCACUGUGUCUGCCGCGUGAUAAUCCGGUAUCCGAACACGUCCUAAAGCUCCCCCGCUGGGCUUAUACUGUGGGGCGGACUUGCCACAGGCAACCGUUCCUUCCAUUUGACACGAUUACUGAAAUAGCCCUCCGCACGCUUGACACAGCCUUGACACGCCUACACACGGCCUACCCCAGCACACCCCCCUUUUCGGAACCACAUGCGCGCUUCUGGCUAGACGAGUACUACAAACCUCCCAUCACAGAAUCGAAACAAGAAGCGUUGUCCACGAACACCAACACCCAGCUGGAGGGAGAGGAGAAGAUCCCUUCAUCUUCAAGCCCUACAUCUGCCCCACCGCCUCGCAAGGACAACCGCGAAGCAUGGGGGCCCCAUCACUUUGGGCUCAAUGUCGCGUCGGGAUUGUAUGAUAUACACAGUUUGGAAGCACAGUACCUCGCACAGGUUUCUUCGGGUAAGGUUGUCGAACCAGAACCUAGCAAGCCGGUGUUUUUCUGGUGUGGGAUACCGGAUGGAGGGACUGCAGAUCAAGCGUUGCAGAGGGGGUGGCAGGAAGAGAUUGGGAGUGAGGAGGAGGUCGAGUUCCUAGCCGUUGUUGCGAUGGAGGAGACAGCCGGACUAGGAGCUGGAGCAAUCAAGGUGGAUGAGUUGGACUGUUCAAUCCGGUCACAUAUCCUACUAGCAGUCAUGCAGGCUGCGUUGAUAGAGAACAUGCAAGAGAGAGAGCGUUUCUUGGGGAAGCUGGAGAGGCGGAUGGUACAAAAGGGGAGGAUUGGUGAGGAAAGAGCAGGGAGGUGGGUUAGGGAGGCGUUGGAAAUUAUGGUGCCUUAUGUACGCGUGUGGCAAGGCAAAUGGCCUGGUGCAGAGAAGAGAGGGGAAAUGCUGCGCCGGAUCUUGGUGGAGAAUCCACUGCUCUUUGCACGCUGGAAGUUGUCGCCUGUUUUGAGGCAGUUCGCUUUUGACGACGCAAAAGUUGACUGUCUCGGCUGCCAAGCGGCGUACUGUUAA